AUGAUGGCUGAGGAGGAUACUGACGAAACGACACGAGAAGACGAAGCAUUUUUUUCCAGAACGAGAGAAUCAUGGUUCAAUACCAUCGCUGGAGUCAUGGGCAAUGUUCUCGAAUGGUAUGAUUUUGCUUUAUUUGGCUUCUUUAGCGACAUCAUUGCCCAAGUAUUCUUCCCUCCAGCUCCCGAUAAUGACCAAGGAGGUGUCACGAACAAUAACAGCAAUCUGAUCAUUUCCUUUGUCAUUUUUGGCGGCGGCUUUCUCGUGAGACCGAUCGGAGGUUUGGUGAUUGGCUAUGUGGGAGAUAAAUACGGUCGAAAGCAAGCCUUGACGCAAUCACUCUUUCUCAUGGCCAUACCAACAACACUUAUGGGGUGUCUUCCUAGUUACCAAACUGCCGGUAUCAUAUCUCCCAUUUGCCUCUGCAUAUGUCGGUUGCUACAGGGAAUCAGCGUAGGAGGACAAUUACCAGCAUCGCUGGUGUACACAGUAGAAAGUAGAGAUCCAUCUCAAUGGGGAUUCUAUGGAGCCUUGCCCAUGAUGGCAGCUAAUUCAGGUACUCUACUCGGAAAUAUUGUGGGAGCAGUCAUGAAAGACACCUUGACGAGGGAGCAACUUGUCAAUUGGGGAUGGCGGAUUCCAUUUUCUUCAGGAAUUCUGAUUGCAUUAGUUGCGCAAUGGUUGAAAAAGUACGGCGCCAAUGUCCGCACCACGGCAGGGGUCCAUGACGGGGCGGAUGCGCCAAUUCAAAAUCCAAUUCGGCUGGCUUUUGCCAAGGGCAAUCGAGUAGCCCUCUUGAGUUCAUCGCUGGUUCCCAUCCUUUGGGCUGGAGGCUUUUUCUUGACCUUUGUAUGGAUGGUGAUUUACAUGAGUCGUCUGUUAGAUCCGCCUAUUCCUGAUGCCUUUUGGAUCAAUGCCACAAGCAUGGUACUCGGACUUACAUUGAUGCUGCCCGUCGCUGGAGCCUUAUCGGAUAGGAUUGGUCGAAUACGCGUCAUGUCAGUGGCAGCAAUUGGAUUGACUAUAGGUGGUCCUAUUUUGCUCCUGCUUAUUUCACAAGGAAACGCCCAUGUCGCCUUUGGAUGCCAACUGAUAUUGGGGCUCCUCUUGAGCUUUUUCGGUGGACCGUUGUCAGCAUGGAUGGUGGAAAGCUUUUCAGCAGAGGUGAGACUAACGUCGGCAUCACUAGGCUACGAUCUGGCUCAUUCUAUCGUGGGUGGGUUUUCACCAGCCAUUGCUACAGCCUUGUACGACAGCUGCGGGCAGACAUGCGCUGGAUCAUUGUAUACUAUUUUUGGUAUGAUCUCGUUGGUGGGAUUGUAUCUAAACUUCUUUUGUGGAAACGGCCCAAAGCGACAACUCGAAGAACCGGUGUCGAUAGAUAUGGAAAGGGAAGAUCAUGAAACCACACAAGAGCUACCAGAAUUUACAUAG